AUGUCCCGAAAAAGCAGGGAGCGCGACCUACACAACGCUUUCAGGGAGUGGGCCGUAGACCCGGCUCUCUAUGACCAGUUUGGAGACGAGGCCGAGUCUUCCAUUCCUGCAGUCUGGCCAAGCUCUGCUAGAGACCUCCCCUACGUGUCGGACCAGAGCUUCCAACCAUAUAUUUACCCUCCUGACCUGACGUAUCCAGGCGACUCCUUGACCCCCGAGGAACUCCGUGACGAGUCUGUCUCGUCGUCCUCCCCUUUUCAUCUCAACACACAUCAUGAACCCGUAACCAUUGCCGAGCCUUCAUCCCCCUGUUUAGCCACUGACAAGAAAAAGGACCCGUCUUCCUCGUACAAGACGUCCUGUCGCUCCAAGAAAGCCACUUCCAAGACGUCACAACACAAGGAACGCAUACAAUGUCAGUGGGAAGACUGCGGGAAAUGGUUUCGAAUUCCUACCGAUCUACAGUGA